AUAUGUGCUUCAAAGGCAGUGUAAAUUGAUUUAAACAAACAGGACCAUUGACAAUUCAUGUACAUUGCAAGGCUGGAAAUUUCACAUCCACUCAUGUUAAUGUUGAUGACUUCAUUGCGGAUUUACAGUAAAAAAAACACAAGAAUUAAGCGUGUGAGAGGGCGGCAUUGUUGCCCGCUCCUUUUGGAGUGAUCUCAUGUUGAUAAAUUGCCAGUAAAUAGCCACAUUCAUCCAUAAACACUGUGCCAAAGCCUGGUGGAGCCCACUGUCUACUAACUGGUUUACAUCUUGUUUCAUUUGGCAACAUAAAUGACACCCAUUUUGAGGCGGGUGUUCCUCUGUUGGGCCAGUCUAGGAAUUUAGGGUUGAUUGAUUUGCUUCUGAUCAACACCCUGCCUCCUUCCGCACUCCCUACACCUACCUACCUACCUACCCACCCACCCACCCACAACCCUGCCUCCACCUGAACCUAUUACUGGGGUUUUGGGAAGAUGGGCUGUCUUGGCAAUAGUAAGACUGAAGACCAACGAAAUGAGGAGAAGGCACAGAGGGAAGCCAACAAAAAGAUAGACAGGCAGCUCCAAAAAGACAAACAGAUAUACCGGGCGACUCACCGGCUACUACUAUUAGGGGCUGGUGAAUCUGGAAAAAGCACGAUAGUUAAACAGAUGCGAAUACUACACGUUAAUGGCUUCAACGCAGAGGAGAAAAAACAGAAAAUACAUGAUAUUAAAAACAACAUUAAAGAAGCUAUAGAGACGAUUGUGGCUGCCAUGAAUACGCUGACACCGCCAUGCCAGGUAGCCUGUCCUGCGAACAAAAGCCGAAUCGAUUAUGUCCUGAACCAAGUAAACCAGAAGGAUUUUGAGUUUCCUUCGGAGUUUUAUGACCAUGCAAAGAUCCUCUGGCAGGACGAGGGUGUGCAGUCCUGCUGGGAAAGGUCCAACGAAUAUCAACUCAUCGACUGCGCACAAUACUUCCUAGACCGGGUCGACGUGGUCAAGCAGAAUGACUACACCCCCACGGAUCAGGACCUGUUGAGAUGCAGAGUACUGACAUCUGGGAUCUUCGAGACACGAUUUCAGAUAGACAAAGUCAAUUUCCAUAUGUUCGAUGUUGGCGGUCAGAGGGAUGAACGUCGAAAAUGGAUCCAGUGUUUUAACGAUGUGACAGCUAUCAUCUUUGUGGUGGCGAGUAGCAGCUACAACAUGGUGAUCAGAGAGGACAAUCAGACCAACAGACUACAGGAAGCACUCAACCUUUUCAAGAACAUUUGGAACAACAGGUGGCUACGGACCAUUUCGGUAAUCCUCUUCCUGAACAAACAGGACCUGCUCGCUGAGAAGGUUUUGGCAGGGAAAUCUAAAAUCGAGGACUAUUUCCCUGAGUUUGCACGCUACACUACACCUGAUGAUGCAAUACCAGAGCCAGGUGAGGAUCCCCGCGUCACAAGGGCCAAGUACUUCAUUCGGGAUGAGUUUCUGAGGAUCAGCACAGCCAGCGGGGACGGACGGCAUUACUGUUACCCCCAUUUCACCUGCGCCGUCGACACAGAAAACAUCCGCCGCGUCUUCAGUGACUGUCGCGACAUCAUACAGAGGAUGCACCUACGGCAGUACGAGCUCUUAUAAUGGGCAGUGGCGUCCGGCCUACUUAUCUACCUACCAACCUACCUAUCCACCCGCCCCUCCACUUCCUCCAACUUCACCAAACAACCAAGCCCUCCCCUCCAUCCUGAUACAACUCCUAUUUCUCCCGGUUACACAACUUCAGAAAUACAGAACAGUGGAAAGACUUUUUUUAUGUUUAAAAAAAAGGAAACACAGUAAAGGAUACACCAACAUUAACCAGGACUGACUGCUGUACUUACAGACUGGAAUCCCUCAGUGCAGGCUAUCCCUUCUUUUAGCUCUUUCUCUCUCUCAGAUAUAUGAACACACACACACACACACACACACACACACACACACACACACACACACACACUACAGCAUAAGACAUUCAGAGCCCUUAGGUUUUGAUGUCUCAUAUCGCAAACACACUCAAACUCUUUUAAAACUAAGUCGUCCUGCUUUUACCAGUUGGCAGAGGCCAAAUAAAAUAAUGCUUUCUGAGAGAGGAGUUUAUUAUUAUUCACUACUUGCUGAAGAUGACGGAGGAGGCGGAGGAGGAGAAGAAGAGAACAAUGGACGUGGAGGGAGGCAAACUGGUAUAGUGAAGGACUGUGAGGCUUUUUGUGGCCCGAACAGACGGACUAAUUGACGGCUGCCUGUGGACGUGAGCGUGACUUGAGCAUAAGACCACACGGCCCACGUGACCUGCUCUUCAAGAAACCAAUGGAGGAGGGACGGCAGAAAACAACAA